UUUUCAUGUCAUCUCGUUUAGAGACACACAACUUUUCAAAGCAGUUUUGAGUGUAAUGAUUUUCAUUUUUUAUUGGACUGCAGUUCUUAGCGGGACAUACGCCUGUCCAAAAAACCGUUCUGGAAAAAACUGCACACUGACGUGUCACUGUGAAGGAGGUAGUCGUAACUGUGAUGCGGAAGGUUUUUGUUAUUAUGGAUGCGAAGCCGGUUGGACAGGAGUUGCUUGUCAAACAGAAUGUCCCCCAGGAACCUUUGGACGAAAUUGUGCUUCGAUCUGUCAUUGUCACGAAAAUUCAACUACUCCUUGCGACAAGAAAACGGGCUUCUGUGAUGGUCUUUGCGAGGAAGGAUACACGGGGCAGAAUUGUCAGAAGCAGUGCCUGCCAAACACUUACGGUGUGAAUUGCCGCGAGACAUGCAACUGCUAUAACGGUGGGCAAUGCAAUCGUGUCGAUGGGUCAUGUACCUGUGUUGGAUUCUUUACAGGUCUCUACUGUAAUGAGAGUCAGCCUCAGAUAAUACCAGCUAAAGAUGAUAUCCGAAUUAUUCAAGGUGGGCAGGUGCUCAUUUCUUGUACAGCUCACGCAAUUCCUGGACCUCUUAUCAGUAUAGUUAGCAGAGAGUUUCCUGACUUGAAUGUACAAAUUAAGCUUUUUGAACUAUAUGAGCAUCAGGCUGUGGCGAAUGUGACGCUACGAACAUCUGGAACUUUCGAAUUUCUUUGUACUGCACAGAACCUACAUGGAUUCGAUAUGAAAAAUAUGACUAUAAUUGUAAUUUUGUAGCUAGUGUGUUCAAAUUUAAUACUCUUAAUUUAAAUAAUAGAACAUUACCGAUGUGCAAUAAGAUUAAAACUGUACAUGAAUAAACAACGCGUUGCUAAGAGAGAUCUGUUGAAUUUAGAAGCAAUAUUUGGUUCAAAAUAGCACAAUAAAUUUCAGCUACAUAGCAGUACAAUAUCAAUUUAAUAGUUAUGCCUAUCACUGUUUUCAACUGAAUAAAAUUAAAUUCGCUGCAAAUUUAUU